ACAGGGAAGCCCAUCCGGGGCAUGCUGGGCUGGGUUCUCCUCAUCCUCUUCCAGGUGUGUCUGUGUGAAGACGAGGUGACGGAUGACUACAGCGAUAGCAACACCACCGUGGACUACUCGAGCUACGAGGUGCUCUGCUCCAAGGAGGAUGUCCGCGCCUUCAAGGCCUGGUUCCUGCCGGUCAUGUACUCCCUCAUCUGCUUCCUGGGCCUGCUGGGCAACGGGCUAGUGGUACUGACCUACAUCUACUUCAAGCGACUCAAGACCAUGACGGAUACGUACCUGCUCAACCUGGCCCUGGCUGACAUCCUCUUCCUCCUGACGCUCCCCUUCUGGGCCUACAGCGCCGCCAGGUCCUGGGUCUUCGGCGCCUACCUCUGCAAGCUCAUCUUCAGCGUCUACAAGAUGAGCUUCUUCAGCGGCAUGCUCCUACUCCUCUGCAUCAGCAUUGACCGCUACGUGGCCAUCGUGCAGGCCGUCUCGGCCCACCGCCACCGCGCCCGCGUCCUCUUCAUAAGCAAGGUGUCCUGCGUGGUCAUCUGGGGCUUGGCCAUCCUCCUGUCCAUCCCUGAGCUGCUCUACAGCGGCCUGCAGGAGAGCAGCAUCGGCCAGCUGUGGCGCUGUUCCCUGGCCACCGAGCACGUGGACGCCCUGGUCACCAUCCAGGUGGCCCAGAUGGUGGUGGGCUUCCUCAUCCCCCUGCUGACCAUGAGCUUCUGCUACCUCGGCAUCAUCCGCACCCUGCUGCAGGCCCGCAACUUCGAGCGCAACAAGGCCAUCAAGGUGAUCAUCGCCGUGGUGGUGGUCUUCAUCGCCUGCCAGCUGCCCUACAACAGCGUGGUGCUGGUCCGGACCGUGACCAGCUUCAACGUCACCAACAGCAGCAGCUGUGAGCUCAGCAAGCGGCUCAACAUCGCCUACGACGUCACCUACAGCCUGGCCUGCGUGCGCUGCUGCGUCAACCCCUUCCUGUACGCCUUCAUCGGCGUCAAGUUCCGCAAUGACCUCUUCAAGCUCUUCAAGGACCUGGGCUGCCUCAGUCAGGAGCAGCUGCGCCAGUGGUCCUCCUGCCGGCACACCCGGCGCAGCUCCAUGAGCAUGGAGGCCGAGACCACCACCACCUUCUCCCCGUAG